AUGGACAUUCAAGGGGUUGCAGACUGGCAUAUGUUCCAGCUCCCCAGGUCCCUGGCCAAAGAAAUAACCGAGACUUACAUUGUUUGGCGUGCGCGAGGGGGACUGAGCAAAAAAACACUCCAGGCCCUCAUGGCUCAGUUCCCCAAACAAACGGUCUAUGGCGCGUCGACCGAAUCGGUCUUCAACUCGGGAAAGGAAUGGUUCAUGCGCCUCGACUUCUGCAGCGCCAAGGACGGCGAAAAGGGAGCUGCCCCCAUCCACAUCCUUGAAGAUAUCAUUCGGGCGCUAUGUUCUUCAGCACGAGCAAGACGCGCCUUGCUAGAUGACCUUGACGACGACGAGGAGCGCAAGCCAAAGAUCUUCCUCGUUCCAUACAACAGAAAUAUGAAUCCACAUCGGGAAUUCCGUGUGUUCUGCCCACCGCCAACCGGAGAGAUUUCGUGUAUCUCGCAGUACCGCUGGACAAGCCCAUUUGGUGUGAAGGACCCUUUCGAGCAACAGAAAAUUGCGUCGCGUAUAUUGGAAGGAGCCAAGGGGAUCCAUGCCCGCAUCAUACAACAGGUUCGAGAAACAGACGCCUGGAUACUGGAGAAAAUGCAGGAGGAGGGGUUUACUUUUGAUGUUGUCUACGGACAGGCACAGGAAGUUUCACUGGUGGAAAUCAAUCCUUUCGGGGCCAUGAGUGGAUGUGGGAGCUGUCUCUACCACUGGCUGGAAGACGCGAGGACACUCUACGGUUACAAUGACAAGGUCCAGGUGAGACUCGCGAUCUAG